AUACUUUCAUUAGCAAUGAUUAAGCUCAAGGCUUGCUGACAAUGGAGGCCAAUGAGAGGCAUUGUACACUGUAAAAACCAACACCAAUUGGAAAGUUGCAUUUCAUUGACGUCACUCUUCUUGUAAAAUACGGAAACCCCAAAGCCAAUAAUCAUCGAAAUCAACAACUUGAGCUUCUUUGAUACCCUUUCUUGAGUUCCAUUAUUGAGAUAAUCGGCAGCAAUUCUAUAAGAUAAUGCUGAGAUUCCGAUGUCUUCGAUUAUUCAAAUCACCGUUCGACGCCUCUUUUAUUCAAUCGUUCAGACCCCAAGCUUCUUUCAUUCGAGCUAAAAUGGGUUCGUAUUCUACGACGUCGUCUUCUGCUCAUCACUGCCCUAAACUUGUUUUCCGUCAGCUUUUCGAGAAGGAAUCGUCUACCUAUACUUACCUUCUUGCUGAUGCUUCGCAACCACAAAAGCCUGCUCUGCUGAUUGACCCAGUGGACAAAACAGCAGAUCGUGAUCUUGCACUUGUUAAGGAACUGGGUUUGAAUCUUUUCUAUGCUAUAAACACACAUGUACACGCUGAUCAUGUCACUGGCUCUGGCUUGAUCAAGACAAAGUUCCCUGGUGUGAAAUCAAUCAUAUCCAAAGCAAGCAAUGCAAAAGCUGAUCUUUUUGUUGAACCUGGUGAUAAGAUCUACUUUGGUGAUAUUUUUCUGGAGGUUCGUGCAACUCCUGGUCAUACACUAGGGUGUGUUACCUACGUCACAGGAGAUGGACCCAAUCAACCUCAACCAAGAAUGGCCUUUACUGGUGAUGCCCUUUUGAUACGUGGAUGUGGAAGGACAGACUUUCAGGGUGGAAGUUCAGACAAAUUGUAUGAUUCAGUUCAAUCACAGAUUUACACAUUGCCCAAAGACACAUUGGUAUAUCCUGCUCAUGACUACAAAGGGUUCACCGUCAGCACAGUGGGAGAGGAGAUGCUAUACAAUCCACGCCUAUCAAAAGAUAAGGAAACAUUCAAAAACAUCAUGCAGAAUUUGAAUUUGUCAUAUCCAACAAUGAUGGACGUUGCAGUUCCUGCUAACAUGGUUUGCGGAUUACAAGAGACAAAAUCAGAAGCAUGCUAAAUUUUUGUUUGAUUCUCUAUUCAUUUCAUGGUCGCUACGAGUGUAAAUGGGAAGCAGGGUAUACCCGUUUGAAGUGAAAGCUUACUAAAUAAUGUUUAGCUGGAGAAGUUUGAAUAAGAUAUACCACAAUAUAGUUUCAAGAAGCUAUGUAGUUUUAAUUGAUAAGAAUCUUGAAUAUGUGUGAUAAGACAAGUCAGUGAAUCUUGAAUAUAUGUGUGGAACUUGAUUUGUGAGAUAGCUAAUGGGAAUAACAAAAGUGAAAUUUAUCAGCUGUU